AUGUCUCCCGGCAGAAUUGAUCAAUCCAAUGUCGUUGCGGACAUUGACAUGAGCGAUCUUUACCCAGCUCCCUUUCCCGAUGAUGUCCCUAUCGUCGAGCUGGAGACCAUCUCGCUGGCCAAGCUCCUCGCAAAAGACCCUGCGGAGGCUCAGCGCAUGUUUGCUAUCUGCCAGGAUCCGGGAUUCUUCUAUCUCGACCUGACGGACCAUCCCGAUGGGUUGCAGAUGCUUCGCAACGUAGUCAGCUGCUGUCGAUUAGGUCAGAGUAUUUUUCCCCAGCUGCCGAUGGCAGAAAAGAAGGCAUUUAAAACGAGAGACCGCAUUGGGGUCUUCGAUAUGGGAUACUUCACGAAGGAUGUCUUACCCGACGGAGAGCCUCGCUACAGUGAGACCAUCAAUAUCCCAAUGACUGAGCUCUUUGCUCCACCCAGUGAACAUCGAAAAGAUUUUCAAUUACCCUCCUGGCUGGCCCCACAUGUGGACCUGUACCGCAGGACCAUGCAGCAGGGUAAUCAGCUCGCCAAUGUAAUUUUCGGCGUCUUAGAAGAUGCCUUCCAGCUGAAGCCUGGCACGAUCACUUCGGCCCACCGACUGGAAGACCCCUCGAGUGACUUCCUCCGGCUGCUGCGCUACACGGGCCUCAAGCCAGGCAUCGUGGACCAGCUGACGUUCCCCGCCCACAAAGACGCCAUCAGCCUGGCCAUUCUCUUCACCUGGCUGGGCGGGCUCCAGAUCCCCGCCGCGAAUGCCACCUGGUUGGGGCCCGAAACGGUCACGGAAGACAGCUGGCGCUGGGUCAAGCCCGUGCCGGGUACGGCCAUCGUCAACCUCGGCGAUGCGAUGGAGAUUAUGACGAACAAGGUUCUGAAAUCGGGGUUGCACCGCGUGGUGCGGGCUCCUGGUCUCCAAGCGCCCUUUGACAAGUACAGCGUGCUGAUUGGCACGCGGCCGAAUAACUGCCUGCCGAUGGUCCCAUUCUCAGGCAGUCCGCUCAUCCCGGCACCAACUGCGGAGCAGCAGCAGGCGCCGGUGCUGACGAGUCAGGAGUGGGGGAGGAGCAAGAUCGUGGGUCUGGAGAACUUACUCAAAAGGCGAGAUGAGAAUAAGGAAGUAUUGACCUUCCAGGCUUGA